AUGGCUCCAAAGAACAAGGGAGGGGACAGUAAGGGUGGAAAAGGCAAGGGGAAAGGAAAAGAAGCAGAAAGUUCAGACGGUGGGAAGGGAAAAGGGUUGAAGGCGGCUAACUCUAUAAACGCUCGGCAUAUUCUUUGCGAGAAACACUCGAAGAAGGAAGAAGCUCUGGAAAAACUGCGAGCUGGGGCCAAGUUUGAUGAGGUAGCUCGGGAGUUUUCAGAGGAUAAAGCAAGACAGGGUGGAUCACUUGGAUGGAAAGUCAGGGGCAGCUUGGAUGCUGCAUUUGAGAAGGCAGCCUAUGAAUUAGAACCAAGUACAACAGGGAAUCCCAAAUACGUCGAAGUGAAGACAGGGUUUGGCUACCAUAUUAUUAUGGUGGAGGGAAGGAAAUAA